UUCAAAGAACGUCAUAAUCAUACAUGUGGAUAUUGGGUGAUUGUAGAUAAAUCGCCACCUUGAGGAGUUUGUAGGACGAAUACAUAGGCAUAUCGUCCAUUCUCGUAUCAGAGACAGCCGGUUAGCAGAGGGCCGGUCAGACCACAAUCAGAGUUCAUCAGAUCAGUUGUCUUCUUGUAACCAAGGCGUCAAGUACACGGGAAUAAUGGCUGAACCAAUCAAAGUUGUGGUUACCGGAGCCGCCGGACAAAUCGCGUACUCUCUCUUGUACAUGAUCAGCAAGGGCGAUGUCUUUGGCCAAGAUCAACCUUUGGUGCUUCACCUGUUGGACAUUCCGCCAAUGAUGGGAGUGUUGGAAGGCGUCGUCAUGGAGCUCAUGGAUUGCGCCCUGCCGCUUUUGAGGUCAGUUGUCCCAACGGCCGACCCAGAGGUGGCGUUCAAGGACGUGUCCGCCGCCUUCCUCGUAGGUGCGAUGCCCCGCAAGCAGGGCAUGGAAAGGAGGGAUCUCCUCGCCGCCAACGUAAAGAUCUUCCAGGUCCAGGGUGAAGCCCUUGAUAGGAACGCAAAGAAGGACGUCAAGGUCCUGGUCGUAGGCAACCCAGCCAACACCAACGCAAUGGUCUGCUCCAGGUUCGCCCCAUCCAUCCCGAAGGAAAACUUCAGCGCUAUGACUCGCCUCGAUCAGAACAGGGCUCAAGCUCAGGUCGCCGCCAAGGUCGGAGUCCCAGUGGGUGACAUUUCCAAUGUGAUCAUCUGGGGCAACCACUCCUCCACCCAAUACCCGGAUGCCACUCACGCUCUCGUCAACAAGAACGGAAGCGAGACGAACGCCGCUGCUGAAGUUAAGGAUGACUGCUGGUUCAAGAACGUCUUCGUCGAGACCGUCCAGAAACGCGGUGCCUCCGUCAUCGCCGCCAGGAAGAUGUCAUCGGCCAUGUCCGCCGCCAAAGCAGCGGCCGACCACAUGAAGGACUGGUUCAUGGGCACCCCCAAGGGCAAAUUCGUCUCAAUGGGUGUGAUGAGCGACGGCAGCUACGGAGCUCCCAAGGACGUCAUCUUCUCGUUCCCAGUGACAAUUGAGAACUGCAAAUGGAAGAUCGUCCAGGGAUUAGAAAUUGACGAUUUCUCCCAGAAGAUGAUCAACAAUACUGGAAAGGAGCUAGAAGAGGAGAGAACUGAAGCCUUCAACAUAAUUUCCAACAAAUUGUAAAUUUAAAACACAAACAGAAAACGCAUUUUCUCUUCAAAAAGAACAACAAAUGAGAAAUUAGAAAUCUUUUCAAAAUCUUGUUAUUUAA